ACUAGUGUUGAUGCCAUUUGUUUACAUAAAAAAGACGCGCUGCGAAUGCGAAAAUGUGUUUCGUGCUCGCUCCAAAAUAAAUUCACAUUUUACAAUGAAAAAUGAACCCCAAACGUGUCGCUUGUGCUUGCGCAGUUCGUUCCGUGGUCGCAAAAUUGCCAUCACGAACGGAGACUUUCAACAGAAGCUAAAAGCUGUGUUUUCGUUCGAUAUUGCGCCGGCUGAAAAUCUCCCGGCAGAUGCAUGCCGUGGAUGCCGAGAAACGGUCGAACAGUUCUACGAGUACAGUGAGACAGUUCGAGCCAACCAGGACAGUCUGCAAGCUUCGAUUACCGCCGCUGGAGCUGAUCCUGACGGGAAGGUGAAGAAAGAAUCGCCAGCGAAAGUCGCUUCCGAACCGAAUGUACACACAGACCCUGCCGACAGCAUCGUGCAGGUUGAGAAUUAUCAUAUUGAGCUGCUGAAGGUAGAACCAUGCCUUCCCGCGACGAAACAGACAAGUGAUCAGCACGAUGAACCGGUUGUGGAGUAUUUGUCGGAAAGUUUAGUCAAAGCAGAAUCGAACGACAGUUUAAAUUACGACGAUGAUAACGGAGACGUGCUAGAAGACACUGAACCAGUACGGGAGGAGCCCACGACCGACGAAGACAAAGGCAAACAGAACAACACACCACAGCGGCGCAAGAGGGAAAACCGGCCCCGGGAGGAGGAUGAAGAGCUGCUGCGCAAACAUUUCCACCUGGGGUGUGAAAAGUGCCCCUUCAAGGCGGAAACGGUGGCGGCACUGUUUCACCAUUACCGCCUGGACCACCAAACACCCGGCUACGUCGAGUGUUGCAAUCGCAAGUUUUUCCGGCGCGCACGGCUGCUCGAGCAUCUGGGCGCACACUUGGGAUCGAUCGUGUGCGACGUGUGCGGCAAAGUAUUCCGGAACGUGUGCUCGCUCAACUUGCACAAGCUGGACCACGAGCAGCCGAAGCACGCGCGACAGUACAAGUGCGAGCGGUGCAACUAUUCCUUCCACAAGCUGUACCACCUGAAGCAGCACCAGAAGCGCCACGAGCGUUUACGGUGCACCGUCUGCGAUAAGGUGCUGGCCGGCGAGCAAGGGCUGAAGACGCACAUGCAAAAAGUGCACGGCACGGACAACACACAGAUCUGCCCCACCUGUGGCAAGGAGUUCCGCUGCCUGCUGGCCAUGAAGCGGCACAUCCGGGCGCACCUGGGCAUCGUGACGGUCGAGCGGGUGCAGUGCGACCAGUGCGCGAAGUGGUUCGACAGCAAGCUGAACCUGCGCAACCAUAUCAAGGGCGUGCACGAUGGGGCCGGCCCGAUCCAGUGCGACGAGUGUCAGCACGUCAGCCCGAACCGGCGGGCACUGACGAACCAUAAGCUGCGGACGCACGGCCGCAAGCAGACGUUUGAGUGCGAGCACUGCGGGAAGAAGCUGAACACGAAGCUCACGCUGAAGGAGCACAUGGCCACGCACACGAACAUUCCGCUCUACUCGUGCGAGUUCUGUGGCAUCACGUUCAAUUCCAACGCGAACAAGUACGUGCACCGGAAGAGCAAACAUCCGCAGGAAUGGGAAGCGAUGAUGCAGCAAAAGCUCAUGCAGCGAAUGGGUCCAGCUGUAAUAUUGCCGGAAUAAAGGCGACGGUUUUACAUAUUAAAUGGUUAAUAAAGAGUGUUUAGCAUUUGGAAUAAGCUCAUUCCUCAUCAUGA